AUGGCUCCUUACCAUGUAAAGACCAUUGCUUUCUUGGCUUCCUUUAUCGCUGCUACCGCCGCUUCCGAAACGUGCGACCAGGUCGCCAGCCUGUAUCCGAAUAUCACCAUUGACCAACCGCUAUCCCUCGAGUAUACGGAGGCGCAAACCGAAUAUUGGUCAACGGCUUGCGGAGACCUCAAGCCAGCCUGUAUACUGACGCCCCAAACGACUGAAGAGGUUGCUCAGAUCGUUCAGGUAUUGCUCACCAACAACGAGACUUUUGCCAUCAAGUCUGGUGGCCAUAACCCGAACAACUACUUUGCUAGUGUCGAUGGCGGCCCUCUGAUCUCAACAAAGCUUCUCAAUGAGGUUGUGCUGGACAAUGCUACCGAGACUGUCAGAGUUGGCCCAGGAAACCGCUGGGAUGAUAUCUCGGCCGCAUUGGAUGGCACCGGGUAUACAGCUGUGGGAGGCCGCAUAGGCAAUGUAGGCGUUGGAGGCUAUCUGCUUGGAGCCGGCUUGAGCUUUAUGAGCACUGAAUACGGAUGGGCAGCGAACAAUAUUGUCGAGUAUACACUCGUCCUGGCCAAUGCUACUGUUCUCACUGUUACAGAGGAUACCUACCCGGACAUCUUCUUGGCACUAAAGGGAAGCGGAAGUAUUUAUGGAAUUGUGACCUCCUUUGUGCUCAAGGCACACCAGCAAGGCCAGGUAUGGGGCGGCAAUCUGUGGUUCGAUGCAAACUCGGAUACCACUCCCAAGCUUCUGGCUGCGCUUCGCGACUUCACCGAAUACUACCCGGACGAGAAAGCCGGUAUCAUCCUCACCGCGGAGCGGACUCUGGGCACGAUCCUCGACAUUUGGAUUUUGUUCCUGUACUACAACGGGCCAGAGCCUCCGGUUGGCGUGUUUGACAACUUUACUGCCAUCGCCCACACUAUUGACACGACAAAGACGCAGAGCAUGAACGAGCUGGUGAGCGGCAACAACUGGGCCGUGGUUAAGGGCAGCGUCUACACCAUCGGCACCGAGUCGACGCCGCUGCCUAGCGAGGCCAAUGGGGCCGAGGUCCUGGGCGCCUACUAUGACACCUGGGUCAACGUGAGCAACUCGGCCGCCUUGGUGCCCGGACUGAUUGCCAGCAUUGCAUUCCAGCCACUGCCCAAGCGUAUUGCUCAGAUUGCACGAGCCAAUGGUGGCGACAUGCUGGACUUUGACGAUGAUGUUGACCGUAUCAUCAUGGAGCUGGACUACAGUUUCCUGUUCAAUGACCAGUAUCCCACCAUAGACCAGACCAUGCAGGACACUUACAAUGGUCUAAAGGCGGACGUGGAACAGUUCCAGGCGGCCGGGAAGCUAGAAUCAGAUGUCUACCUGCCUCUCUUCAUGAACGAUGGUUUCUAUAGACAGGACUAUUUCGGUCGUCUUAGAAGUGAGAAGCAGGAUUUGGCCAAAAGCGUGCGGGCUCAGUUGGAUCCCGAAGGGUUGUGGAGGGAUAGGACGGGCGGCUUCAAGAUUCUGGAAUAG